GGAGAUAGUGUCCGUUGCUUAACAAUGCUUGGUCAUUUUGGUUUUGAAUGUUUGCCUCAUCAGUUGGUAAACCAAUCUAUUCAACAAGGAUUUUCUUUUAAUAUUCUCUGUGUGGGGGAAACUGGAAUUGGAAAAUCAACACUCAUCGACACAUUAUUCAAUACUAAUUUGAAAGACAAGAAAUCCUCACAUUUUUACUCAAAUGUUGGACUUAAAAUUCAGACAUAUGAACUUCAGGAAAGUAAUGUUCAAUUGAAAUUAACUGUUGUGAAAACAGUGGGAUACGGUGAUCAAAUAAACAAAGAAGCCAGCUACCAACCUAUAGUUGAAUAUGUAGAUGCUCAAUUUGAGGCCUAUCUUCAAGAAGAAUUGAAAAUUAAACGUUCCUUCAUUGACUACCAUGAUUCCCGUAUACAUGUGUGCCUUUACUUCAUUUCACCUACAGGACAUUCUUUGAAGUCCAUUGAUCUAUUAACUAUGAAGAACAUUGACAAUAAGGUGAACAUUAUACCAUUGAUUGCCAAAGCAGAUACAAUUUCUAAAAACGACUUACAGAAAUUCAAGUGUAAAAUAGUGAGUGAAUUGGUUAGUAAUGGCAUCCAGAUAUAUCAGUUCCCAACAGAUGAUGAAACUACUGCUCAGGUGAAUUCCUCAAUGAAUGGACAAUUACCUUUUGCUGUAGUAGGGAGUAUGGAUGAAGUGAAAGUUGGAAAAAGAAUGGUCAGAGGCCGUCAGUACCCUUGGGGAGUUUUACAAGUGGAAAAUGAAAAUCACUGUGACUUUGUCAAGCUCCGGGAUAUGCUUCUUUGUAUAAAUAUGGAAGACCUGAAAGAACAAACUCACACUCAGCACUAUGAACGUUAUAGGUGCUGCAAACUGGAGAAAAUGGGCUUUACUGAUGUGGGCCCAGACAACAAGCCACUUAGUUUCCAAGAGAUCUAUGAAGAUAAAAGACAAAAGUUCUAUGAUCAAUGUCAGAGGGAAGAAGAAGAAUUGAAACAAAAGUUUAUGCAGCGAGUAAAGGAUAAAGAAACAACAUUUAAAGAAUCUGAAAAAGAGUUACAAGAAAAGUUUGAGCAUCUUAAACGAGUCCAACAAGAGGAGACAAUGAAACUUGAGGAGAAGAGAAGACAAUUGGAAGAAGAAAUAAUGGAUUUUUAUAAAUUGAAGGCUGUUUCUGGAACAUUACAGACUCUGGUGUGCACCAAUAUAAAGAAGGAGAAAGAUCGUAAGAAAUAG